AGAUCUCAAGAAUAUGUUAGUUUGAGGAAAUAUUCAUCAAACUCCUUCAACCAGAAUGAGGAUCAAACUAAUUUUUCUCUAUUUAGGAACUGCGUACUCAGAAAUUAGUAUAUUUAAGGAUACUAAUCAACUUGGCAGGUUAGAGGGAGAGAAGAAUAAUGAAGACAGUUUAUUCUCAAGGGAACAUAUUAGAGAGGUGAUCUGGUAUAUGACAAGAAAAGUGAAUAAACUGAAGGAUAAGAACAGAUUAGCGCUGCCAUCUUUAGGAGACUAUCCCUCCUAUCCUCCUCCAACUCCUCUUUGGGAUAUUCUCACUCAUAGAAGACAAUUUGAACCAUACUUCGGGGUCAAGAAUCCUGUAACAUGGAGUCCAGUAAUUUCAACAUCUAGUUCUUACUAUCCAUCUUCAUCUAGUACAUUAUCAACUCCACCUACCUACUACCCUAGUACAUCAUCAUCUCCACCUACCCACUACCCUAGUACAUCAUCACCUCCAUCUACCUACUUUCCUAGUACAUCAUCAACUCCACCUACCUACUACCCUACUCCCCCUCCCACUACCCCGCCUACUCCCCAAUCUACUCGACCUACCUCCCACCCAACAACCUCUCGGCCUGUUAAUUACGUCCCACCUCCCUGUACCUCUCUACCUCUCUACUGCUCAUAUGUUGAACCCUUUCUACCUCUUCCUAUAGAAUGCAUAGAUAUCUGUGAUGUAGAUUUUACCGUUCUUCCCGCUCAUUGUUCAAGACAACAAAUAGAAGAAAGAGUAAAAGAAGGAGAAGAAGAAGAAGAUGAAGAAGGAGAAGAAGAAGAAGAAGAAGAAGAAGAAGAAAAACGUAAAAAAAGCAAAAAAGAAGAAUAUAUUUCUCUAAGGGAUUUUUCUCUUGAUUGCAUUGAAAUGAUAAAGGAACAUCACUUUAAAAAAACGAUUAAUUUAAAAUAAAUAUUUUUUAUCCUUUCCUAAUAAAAAACAUUGAACCCAACAAAUUCUUUACCUUAGUAAAUGAUCUAUUAAAAAAGUUUAGUUUAAAAAAUAAAGGUAUAUUCACAUAAUAUGAGACUUUGACAUUAUAAUUGAAUUCUUUAUCUUGACAAAUUAGCUGAGACGACCUCUCCGCAAUCCAAUUCUUCAGCGGAUGAGGUUCUUUUUCCAUUUUGAUGCAGAGAGCUCUGGCAGCUGUUUAAUUUUUAACAGUGCGGUAUUCUAGUUGGUUCGAAAUCUAAAUCUGUGAAAUUCUGUAGUUCUUUUUACAUUGAUCGUCGAAUUGUUCUUUUAUUUCCAUUAAUUCUUAAGUUUUGUAAAUUCAUUUUGUCUAGUGUCAAUGUGCUGAUUUGCCAAAGCAAAGAAUUUCGAAUUUAUUUUGUUGUAAUGGUCAGCUCACGGAGAGAAAAAUAAUCAUUAUGUCAUAUAUACCGAUUUGUAAGUUGAGUUUGGUCUUUGUCUUAAA